AUGAACACCACUGCUGUGGACUGUCCUGAACUGGGCCUCCCAAACCCACCAUCAGAGACACCUGCAGAGACAGAAACCGGGUCAGACCCAACCCGAGAGCACCCUGAGGAUGGGGAUGAGGAGGAGGAGGAUAAACGCGCCGACCCAGAGCCAGAGCCAGAGCCUGCCGGGUCAGAGCCCAGGGACCCGCAGUGGGUGGAGGAGCGGUUCCGGAUUGACAGGAAGAAGCUGGAGAGCAUGCUGCACUCCCCUGAGGAUGGAAACGGCCUGACUGGCGAGGAGUUCUUUCAGAAGGUGAUGAUGGAAACUGACACCCAGAUUAAAUGGCCCUCCAAGCUGAAGAUUGGAGCCAAGUCAAAGAAAGAUCCACACGUGAAGGUGGAGGGGAGGAGGGUGAAUGUGCAGGAGGCCAAGAGGAAGAUCUUAGACCUUCUGGAGACAAAGGUGAACAAGGUGACCCUGAAGAUGGAUGUGACGCACACAGAGCAUUCGCAUGUGAUUGGGAAAGGUGGCGGGAACAUUAAAAAGGUGAUGGAGGUGACAGAAUGUCAUAUCCACUUCCCUGACUCCAACCGCCACAACGUCACCGGGGAGAAGAGCAACCAGGUGUCGAUUGCAGGGCCUGUGCUAGGUGUGGAGUCGGCCAGGAGGAGAAUACGAGAUCUCCAGCCACUGGUCCUGACCUUUGACCUCCCGGGAGCGCUCGUGCCCCAGGCCCCGCUGGACGCGAGUGCCCCGGUCAUCCAGCAGGUGGCACAGGCGUUCGGCGUGAGCGUCAGCUUCCGACAGCAGCCCAAGUUCUACAUCUGCACCUGCCAGGUGCGCGGCCUGCAGGGGAACUGUGCCUCCGUCAAGAAGGCCACCUGUGUGCUGGUGGAGCUGCUUGUGGGUGUGGAGGCCAGUGUGACGAUCAGCACCCAGCUGGAGCUCACCUCGCAGCAGCAGCUGCUCCUGCUGGGCCAGAACGGGGCCAGCUUCCUCAACAUCAUGCACCUGACCCAGACGCAGAUCCUCCUGCCGGACCUCAACGCCCCCCACGGCUCCGCCUCGCUCACCAUUCAGGGCGGGGUGGAUGGGGUGUGUCUGGCUCGACAGCAGAUCCUGGACUGUCUCCCUGUGUGCCUGAUGUUUGACAUGAGGGAGGGAGGGGAGGUGGACCCUCGCAAGCUGAGCCAGAUGAUGCAGAACCUGUGUGUGUUCAUCAGUGUCAAGCCCAAGAUGAAACAGACGGCUAAGUCGGUAGUGGUGAAGAGUCUGGAGAGGAACAUCACCAACCUGUACAAGGCCAGACACAUGCUGCUCGGGCUGGACACCAGUGAGGUCACCGUGGCGAUAAAGACCACCUGCGAUGCCCUGCCAGCUGCCAACGGCCUCACAGCUUACUGGCUCAACCUGCUCAUGCAGCAGCUCCGCCUCUCAGACGCAGGUGCUGUGACCACACCUGAGACGGUGAUGGGUGCGAUCCUCCAGGUGAAGCCCCGGCCAUCUCCGCCGCCCGGCCUGUCAGGGCAUCAGGAGGAGGCCAGGACGCCGCUGAGGGGGGCGGACUCCAAACUGGAGCAGAUUCCGGAGAACGAAGAUCAGAUGAGCUCCACCAAUACGCCCACCACCACCCAAACGCCCCCAGCCAAGGCCACAAGAGAGAGAGGAAACAGUGAGAGCUCAAGCAGGAGAAACAGCCAAUCAGAGGCCAGCAGAGACCAGAACCAGGAAGGAAGCGCAGUCCCCUCACAGCAGUCCACCGUGUGUCAGAACAGUAGCCAGCUACUCUUUAACAGAGUCAACAUGGUGAGAAGGAACAGCCUAAAGCCAGAGAUCAUUCAGACCCUGGAGCUGAGCUCAGAUUCUGCAAGGAGUGAGGAUUAUGACUACGAGAGGAAGAAGCUCAUGGCCACACGAGCAAUGCAGAAGAAGCCGGUAGUGACAGAGGUGAGGAGGCCCACAGAUACCUGGAGUGGUCUGGGCUUCUCUAAGUCCAUGCCUGCUGAGGCCAUCAAGGACCUGCGCUGUGUUUCCCGCAGAAGCUACAAGUCUUACCUGGGCAACAGCCACCUGCAGACAUGGAGCUCCACAAACAGCAAGGCGAGGGCCUCCAAUGGGAGCGACUCGGAGAACUGGCGAGAGAGACGGGGCUCCUCCCCCUCAGAGAGCCUUGUGUCAUCAUCCUCCUCUUCAUCGUCCAGCUCUCCUUCCUCAUCCUCCCUCACAGGCUUCGUGUCCUCUUGCACCCGAGGCCGAGCAGAUAGAUCCUCGGAGACCUUCCUGAGCAGCAGUGAUUACUUUGACGGUUUGUCCACCGCCACCAGGACAGGGAGCAGCAACCUCACAGGCCCUGCCCCCCAGCACACCGAUGACCUGCCCGAGCUUUUCGGUCAGCUUGGCCUGGAAAAAUACACAGACAUCUUCCAGCAGCAGGAGAUCGACUUUCAGACCUUCCUCACCCUAUCAGAUGAGGACCUGAAAGAAGUGGGCGUGUCCACUUUCGGCGCCAGGCGGAAGAUGCUGCUGGCUAUUGCAGACCUAAACAAGAGCAAGCGCAAGCUCCUGGACCCGCCCACCGUAAGGCCGGGAUACCUCGAGGGUGGGGCGAGCGGCCGCCUCCCGCGAAUCAUAGACGUGGAUGCAGCCCAGAGCAGCCGCUGGUGAGAGGGGCCUGUCAAUCAUCAGCAGCUGCCACAGAUCAGAACCGAGCCCUGUCGCAAUCCAGUGGCUCACAGCGGCUCUUGUUACCUAUAAUCCACUGCAGCCAUGCCAGCCUCUGUUACCCACA